CGAAAGGUAUCAUUACUGUACUACUUCAGCUGCUCUCGUAGCGUAGAUAUUUAAACUUUCUUAAGCGCGUUCUUUAUCUCCAAUAUCAGUCUCUUAUCUCGUCAGUCUUUUACGAUGAUUUAAUUCAAUACUUCGUGGCAAUGUACUACCGAUUAGUACCCAACGUUACUUAAAAUAAAUAAGUAAUUUAAAAAGUGAUUAACGCCGCCUGACGUGUUCGUAGUAUACGUGUAUUGGAAUAACUUAACCUAGAAUAUGAUAGUGCCGAAAACUAGGACAUAUUUUUUAAAUUAGUUAUGGUUGUUUCAGAGAUAUCCGAGGACUAUUUGGCUUUUUUGGAACAAUGCCGGCCGACCAUUCAAGAAAAUAUUGUCAGUGCAUUCAACAACGAAAUGGCACGCAAUCAUCGGAGAAGGAAUUUCAUAAAGACGGUUCAUCUUUUAGACUCUAUCUUGCUCUCUGUGGACAAUACAAAAAUAGAACUUAGCGACUUGAAGCUCCCCUGGCUGCCCGACUUUAAAGUAAUUAAUCUGACAGUUAAUCUAGUCAAUUUGUGUCUCGAUAUUCACUUCAAGCUGGGCGAUUUAAAUGUUAAUGGCAAUUACGAGGCGAACAAUGUGACACUUCAGAAGCAGCUGCCCGUGUCGCACAACGGGGACGUUAGUGUAAAUUUCUCUGACGUGUCUGUCAAAGGGAAGGUUGGUCUUCUCAUUCAAGGAGACUCGUUUGUUCCCAAGAACUAUGACAUAGACUACAGCUGGACUGAAUCAGAGGUAACGGUUAAAUAUUUUGUGGGCAAAGACACUCAAGUAGAGAGUAAAAUCACGGGACCAGUAGGUGAACUUGUAUUGGCGGAUAAAAUAUGGCUGCAACUGAAAGAGGUUUUAACAUCGAUACUGCAUGAUCAACUGGUGGGAGUCGUAGUCGAAUACUCUGUGACCGAAUCGUUGGCCGAUGAAGAUAAAACUUUACGGGACUACGCCAGAUACCAAGUGUCAAAAGCUAAUGGACUGUUCGACACGCUGUUGUGCUCGGCGAAAGAUUAUCUCGUCGAGAAAGAUUAUCGCCGGAUAGCGACGUCGCCGUUUCAAGUGAUUUAUCGGGGAAAGUUAACCAGUACCGAACAGGGGAUUUUCCAGUCGGGAGAUGGGUUUAUUACGGACCUUUCCACUUUAAGUCGAUUAUCCGAUUUAAGUUUGUUCGAAGACGAGCACCAGUUCCACGUUUACGGCACUUUGGGAUUAAGGGAUUUUAAGCAUGGAUAUGAACACUUUAGCACCAAAUUCGAGGACAACGAAUUGACAGGAACUAUCAAUACUCAAAUUUACUCAAACGAAAUUUUCAUCAAACUGUCCUUCGAGAAGAACGCAGAAAAUGUACCAAAGCCAAAAGUCGAGAAAAUUGAAGUUCGAUUAAUAAAGGAAGCGGAAGUUGACACUUCAGGAUUGGGCUCGCUCAGUUGGCUGAUACCAAAAACACACUCGUGGGUGGUUGGCCAUCUGCGUACCAACGUCAUGAGCAACUUACUGAAAUAUUUUGAGGAGGCUUUCAGUUACGCUAUUGAACAGGAAUUGAAGAAGUCUCAAAGUGGCGAACCGGAUAAUGAAAAAUCGAAAUUAUUUUGGACAUUCUUGUUUUCAAGCAAAUAAACAUAUUUUUUCAGUAUGUCAAAACCAAUUAUUUUUAAAUGUUAUCUCAUAUUAAUUACAAAAACUAAUUUCCUUUUUUUAUAGCUAUUAAAAUUUAUAUAUUCAUGUUUAUUAGUAACUACUAGAGAUGUGGAUUUAUUUGUAUACAUGGGUAAAAUUCACACAUAUUUGCUUGAUAAAUAUUGAACAUCAAAAUGUAGGCAUUAAUAUUUCAACUUUU